AUGCCUGCCACGAACUAUCGGCUAAAGUUCCAGCUAUGGUGGAUUCUUUCUGAUGGGAGGGACAGCCAUGACGAGCAUCUGGAUGCAUAUAGGCUGUUCUUCAGUGAGCAGUCUCGAUUGCUGAAUGGCGAUGCAACAUUCUCAUUCAGCGAUGUCUACCGCAAGCCUUCUAGGCACCUUUAUGAGGAGACUAUUUACAUUGUCGACUGCACGAUCGAGUGGCCUGUGUUCCAGUGGUUGGUGCCCAGCCCCCUUGAGGCCUUUCCAUUGGCAACACAUCCAGUGGAUCGAGAUGUGAGCCUUGCGUCGGUCUGCUUCGGGACACUGGCGCAGCUCAGAACGUACGUGCAGCACCAGAUGUUCUCUGCGUUAGUUGUUCACAAUCACCGAAACUAUUGGGUGAAUGCAACAUUUCACCAUGACCAGCGCCUCCUGCACAUCGACUUGCAUCUCAAUCACUGCGACGACUGUGAAACGCAGGUUGUGGAUUACAGAUUCGUCGUUCCCUACCUCAACAUUCUUAAGGUGUUGAUAAAUGAGAAGAACCACUUCGUGGAGCUGUACCUUCAGCUUAAGAUCCCGGCCAUGCUCAUGGGUGAAGUGAUGAAUGACGAUCCUUCAAGAAGCAGAGGCAUGCCUGCUCCACGUCGCUGGGAGCGUUACCUUGCCAUAGGGUGCGAGUGCAUUGGUGGUGCCGUCCGCACAGCCUCCCUUUGCGGAGGCCUCUUCCUCAAGCUGGUCGUGCGGGACCACUCCCUUGCCAGGCGUGUGGUCGGGAGGCUUUCGCAGCGUUGUGCUCAUGGGACACACUUCUGCUACGCACCCAUCAGAACUCACUGCCCCGACCAUCAAGGUAUUGACAAUACAUUGAUUUUUCAGGAGCGGUGCGAGAAGAUGCAGAGGACUCUGCCGUUUCCCUGUGCAUAUGCGUUCAAGGCGGUAUUGCACAUCACCUUUGACGUUCUUGACCAGAUGGUCCUGAUGCCAGAGUCUGCAUUCGAAAAACUCAUGGGAGAGAUUGAAGAGCGAUCGGUGAAGGAGCCAUUGGUGGUGGAGGGAGCCCUGAACCAUGUUGUGUCCAGCAUUGAUGCAGGCCACAUCGUGGUGUUUUCACAUGCCUUUGACGCUGGCUGCAGCCGGUUCCGGGAUGCGAAGCCACCACAGCUGGCCCGUGGCACCUGCCUUGUGCGGAGUGUGUUUGUCACACCGGGCCGACUCAUCUUGCGUCCUGCACAGGUUCACUUUGAGAACCGAAUUCUGCGCCAAUUCAACGCGGAAUUCGCCAUACGUGUAUCGUUCAGGGACGACAACAUGGACAAGCUGUCCUUCACGUUGAACCUUCACUCGUCUCGAGAUGCUCUGCUGAAUGUCAUUGUUGGACGCUUUCUGCAUGAGGGACUGCAAGUUGGCACCAGGGAAUUCAAGUUCCUGGCUCCUUCCACAAGUCAACUUCGUGACCAUGGAACGUGGAUGUACGCGGCCGAUGAGCAGCACAACAGUGCAGCGACGAUCCGCGAGUGGAUGGGCCAGUUCGAGGGCAUCCCUAACGUGGCCAAGCGCAUGGCACGCAUGGGCCAGUGCUUCUCCUCCACCGAGCAGGCCGUCCGUCUGCAGGCCGACCAGGUGCAGGAGAUUCCCGACAUUGUGGGGGGUGUCCACCCAAUCAGCAAGAGGCCGUACAUCUUCUCGGAUGGCAUUGGCAUGAUGUCCGUGCCACUUGCCGAAGAGGUGUGUCAAGUGAUGAAGCUUAAGGAGCGCCCAUCAGCGAUCCAGAUUCGGUAUGCUGGAUCAAAAGGCAUGCUUUGCAUCAACCCUGAAUUGCCCAACAGAAAACUGUUGUGCCUACGGCCCAGCAUGCAGAAGUUUCCAUGCACCAGCUCAGAGUACCUUGAAGUGGUCAAGGUCUCGGCACCACGUUCGGUGACAUUGAACCGACCGCUCAUCACCAUCCUGGAGCAGCUGGGUGUGCCAAGUGACACUUUCGUCCGCUUGCAACAGAACAUGAUUCUCGAAUUCACCGAUGCCCUGGUUAGCGAGUCCAGUGCCGCCGAGGUGCUUACAGCAUGGUCCAAGCUGCCGUUGCCGUACCAGGAGCUGUCCAAGGCUGGGUUUCAGCUCACGUUGGACCCCUUCUUUCGGUCACUCCUUCUUGCUGUGUACCGAAACACAGUUGCCUACGUUUACAAAAUCCAAGACACUCAUCAGGACAUCAUGUGA